GAGAUGUUCGAAAUUCGAUUGAAAUUCGUCGAGAUUGUGAACUCUAGCUCUUCCCGUCCGACCGCACGAGCGGAACGACCCCCCACAUUUCCCCAACCGCCGAACCCCUCGCCGCCGCUGCCCCACCGGCGGCGAUGGACCCCACGCCUCACCGCGGCGGCUCGCCGUCGCCGAGGUUCACGCUGCAGCCGAGCCGCCUCCCGCCGGAGGACAUGCUCUUCUGCGUCGACGUCGACCUGGAGACGCGCUCCGAGAUGAGGAUCGCCCCGGGCCCCGCCGCCGCCGCCGCCGCGUCGCCGGGCGCCGCGGGGGCUUCCUCGGGGGCCGCGGCUGCUUCCAGGCAGGCCGCUCGGCCGCCGGUGAAGAGGAUGGACGCCGUCAAGCAGGCGCUCCUGCUCUUCGUCCACAGCAAGCUCACCAUGUGCCCCGAUCACCGCUUCGCCUUCGCCUCCCUCGGCGACACCGUCUCCUUGGUAAAGAAGGAUUUCAGCAGUGAUGCUGGUUCUGCAGUGGAGGCAAUCCAAUCCCUGGAUGCGUCGGAAACGAGAUAUGCGAUGGCUGAUCUCACUCAGCUCUUCAAGAUAGCUUACCAGGAAGGGAAAAGAGCAGAAUUGCAAGGCCGCCUACUCAGAGUGGUACUCAUCUACUGCCGUUCCUCAACUAAGCCUCAACAUCAGUGGCCCAUCAAGCAAAAGAAUUUCACCUUGGACAUAAUCUAUCUUCAUGACAAGCCUACUGCUGAUAACUGUCCACAGAAGGUAUAUGAUGCUUUGGUUGAUGCACUUGAGCAUGUCAGCCAGUAUGAGGGAUACAUUCUAGAGACUGGUCAGGGGCUUGCUCGAAUCCUGUUCCGUCAGACUUGCAUUCUUCUGUCGCAUCCCUUACAGCGUUGCAUCCAAGAUGACCUUGAUAUUCCCAAGCCACUUGCUAAGAAAAAUAUGGUUACUGAAGCUGCGCAGAACGAAGAUGGCAUGCCAGUCUCCACCCAGUAGGUAGUUAGGCCUUCUAGUUCAGUGGUUUGCAUCAUGAAGUCAACUCAAGAGCUUCAUUUCGUUUUAUUUGUUUGCAUUAAGGUUGUUCUGUGUAAUGCAAAUGACCAAUUGAAUGUCAAUUUGUUGCUGUGUCAUGCUUGGUAUUGCGUUGAACUUGCAGAUGCACAUCAUACAGAAGUUCUCUGUGGUAUGGCACUUAAGUUGCUUCUGAAUUCUCUCAA